AUGAGAGAAUAUAAAAUUGUGGUGCUGGGUAGUGGAGGAGUUGGUAAAUCCGCCCUCACCGUUCAAUUCGUACAGGGAAUAUUUGUAGAAAAAUAUGAUCCGACAAUUGAAGACAGCUAUAGAAAGCAGGUGGAAGUCGAUGGUCAGCAGUGCAUGCUUGAAAUAUUAGAUACUGCUGGAACAGAACAAUUUACUGCUAUGAGAGACUUAUACAUGAAAAAUGGUCAAGGUUUUAUACUUGUAUACUCAAUAACAGCCCAGUCGACGUUUAAUGAUUUACAAGAUCUUAGAGAACAGAUAUUAAGAGUUAAGGAUACGGACGAUGUACCCAUGGUACUCGUCGGUAACAAGUGUGAUUUGGAAGAAGAAAGAGUCGUCGGGAAAGAUAAUGGUAUAAAUUUAGCUCGUCAGUUUAAUUGCGCUUUUAUGGAAACAUCUGCCAAAGCUAAAAUCAAUGUAAUCGAUAUAUUUUACGAUUUAGUAAGACAGGUCAAUAAAAAAUCACCUGAAAAAAAAAUGAAACAAAAAAAGAAAUCCUUAUGUGUACUCCUAUAA